AGUGCUCUAAGGAGUGUAGAGCAAGAUGAGGAUCUCCCUUUUUCUGUUGGUUGCUGCAGCAGCCGUGGCAGAUUGUUAUGGUAGCAAGUACAGCAGCCCUUCCAAAAGGGAUCUCCUGGUGCGUUCCAAAAGAAGAUGGGUCUUAUCUACAAUUGAAUUAGAAGAAGAGAAGGAUGCACAGUACCCCGUAGAGAUUUCAGUGAUGUAUAACGACAAGACUCAGGGGAAAGACUUUAGGUUCCGUUUAAGUGGUGAAGGUGUGCCGGACGUGUUUACCAUCAAUGAAAACACUGGAGUCGUCUUUGCACAUAAAAAAGUGGACAGGGAGCAAAAGCCACUUUACCAUAUUAACUUUGAUGUCUUGGACAGAAAUACGGGUGAACAACUAGACAAGGAACUAGCAUUUGAUGUUGAAAUACAAGACAUAAAUGAUAAUCCACCCAUGUUCUCUUUUCCUGAAGUAACAGUUAAUGUAAAAGAAAAUAUACAAGGAAGCCUUUUGCCAGUUACCCUGGUGGUCACAGACAAAGAUAAGGAGAACACACCCAACUCUGAAUUUAACAUCACGAUGGUUUCACAGACUCCAGCAGAGCCCAAAAUUGCUGUGCAGCAACUUCCAGGAGGACUGGCCAAACUCACCUUAAAAGGAUGCUUUGACUAUGAUAAAGCAACAAAGUAUACCAUCGUCUUACAAGCAAAAGAUCGUGGAACAAAGCCAAAGACUCAGUCCUCUACUGCUGUUGUUACCCUGAACAUUGUCGAUGCGAACACUCACCAACCAAGAUUUAAGCAGAGACAGUACAACGGUGAAGCAAUAGAAAUGGAGACCAUUGCUAAUGUUUUGAGAGUUGCUGUGGAGGAUAAAGACACUCCAAACACUGAUGCAUGGCGUGCCAAGUACUCCAUUAUUGCAGGGAAUGAAGAAGGAAUCUACAAAAUUGAAACUGAUCCAGAAACAAAUGAGGGUGUCCUGAGUAUUGUCAAGAAAAAAAAUUUUGAACGCACAACUUCAAUAAACCUGCAGAUUGGAGUAAAAAACAUUGAAGACAUAUUUGUUUGUGCUGGCACAAAUCCACCUACAGACAGAGCCAAUGUCACUCUAAAAAUGAUUGAUACCAACGAUCCACCAGAGUUUGAAAAAACUAUAAAUGACAUGCACUUGAAGGAGGAAGCAGAGCCAGGAAAGGUGCUGUUCAAGCCAAAGGUUCAUGAUGUCGACUCUAAUAUUACCAGGUAUGUGCUCCUAACAGAUCCAGCUGACUGGGUGGCCAUUGAUACCAAAACAGGAGAAAUCAAAUCAACUAAGAGGAUGGACAGAGAGUCACGAUUUGUUGAUGACGAGAAUGUUUACACAGUCGUCAUAGCUGCCAUAGAUGAUGGUCAGCCUCCAGCCACGAGCACAUGCACUGUCAGGAUCCACCUGACGGACAUCAAUGACAAUACUCCUAAACUGGUCAACAACAGCGCUGUCAUGUGUGGAAACAAGGUUAACAAGGUCAAGGUGCGUGCAAAGGACCUAGAUGCCAUUCCUUACAGUGGACCCUUCCACUUUACUCUGGGGGAUGAAACACAAAAGCAACAGUGGAAAAUAGAACCUGACUAUGGUGAGGAAGUAUCUCUUGUUAGCCAGAAGACACUUCCUUAUCUUAACUAUUCCAUUCCCCUGGUGAUUAUGGACCAACAGGGCAUAGCUGGACAUGACACUCUGCAAUUGACCGUGUGUCAGUGUGAUGAAAAUGAUGUUUGUCGCGACAGAGAGCCGCUUUCAACCCGUCUUGGACCAGCUGGCAUUGGGUUGGUUAUUAUAGGAUUGCUUGCAUUUUUGUUGCUUCUAAUUGCAUUUUUCUGCAAGUUUGGACCAGAUAAGAUUUUGCCACAAGAUGAGGGCAAUCAGACUCUAAUCCAGUACAAUCAAGAAGGAGGGUGCUCUCCAUGCACGACCGAGCCCAAUUUCGUCCAGUCACAAGUAGAUAAUAUGGCAGUGACAAAUGGUCAGAUGGAUACCAUGCAGAUUGAUACAGAAGGACCAUAUGACGUAAAUAGGUACAACAGCUCAGUGUCUACCAUGUUCCACUCACUAGGCAUGGAUCAACAAGAAACCUACAGGAGCCAUGGCAUGAGAAGCAUGAGGAUGAACUCUACAUGGAACUCAAACAGAAUGAACACCUAUCGGGCCGGCUCAUCAAUUUACCAACGUUCUUUCAGCCUUCGAUCGGCUGACCGCAUUGAAGACCAUAUCAACAGGAGAUGUAACGAGGUUGAUGGAAAUGUUGUUGACCACCCAACAUACCAACCCCACAGCUAUGCCUUUGAAGGAGAUGGCAGCAUAUGUCAGUCAUUGGAUAAACUGUCAUUCCACGACAUGGGAGAGGAUUUUAAGUAUCUGGAUGAUUUGGGGCCAAAGUUCAAGACUUUGGGACAGAUGUAUGAUGAGGCAAUUAAAAAAAAGAAAGUACAGCUUUAAAAGGCACUGCUGAAAUGUAAAUUGUAUUCCAAGUUUCGCUCCCUAAAAUACAGACUGAGCAGAGAUGAUACACCACUACGUUUUAAUAUUUUUACUUAAAGAUUAUGGACUAUAACAUCUAAUUCAUCCUAAGCUAGAUAUAUUUUGUUGGCAUUAAGAUGGAUUUAACGCACUACACAGCUAGUGACGCACAAGUGGUUUGUAAAAUGUAAUAACUUGAAAGGGAUUAGGUGUGUUUUCUUGUUUUUUUAGUUUGCUUUGUCAGGGCAGUAUUAUUGGGAAAUUUAAUAGAACUUCUUUUGUUGAAACUGAGCUGACUCCUGUUAGUCACAUUUUUCUAGAGUACUGUUUUGUAAAGGGUUUUUGAUGAGAACACAGGGCUUAUCAUAAUGGGUUAUUGUUCAUGCAAGUUAGAAAUGUCCUUGGCCUAUGGUUGAUGAUCGAGUGACAUACUGGUCUGGAAUUAACACUGGAUAUCCUACAAGAUUAAAACGUUAAUGUUAAUGUUUAGUUUUCAUAUUUGCAUUUCAUGAUACAAAAAUAACAAACUUUAUUCCUAUAACACCUUUCUAAACCAGUCACAAGGUUCUUUAAAUACUUUACAAUACAAAAAUAACACAUUUUUAUAAAAUACAUAAUAAAAUGAAUGACAUAAAAAAAAUGAAAAUAAAAAUGAAAUUAAAAAACAACAAAAAAAGCAAGAUACAUCAUGAAAUGUUAUUUUUAGAAGAGCAAGUGUAUACAGGUAUAUUUUUUGAGUUUACUGGACGGUUGGACUGAUUGAGCUGAUCUAAGCAUAACAGACUUGUUCCGGGGGCUAAAACAAUAAAAACACUGAUUUUAAGUGAUUUACAAGUAAUAUAGAAAAAUUGGAAACUGUAUAGAAUAGAGAGCAAAUGUGCAUAUUUGUAAAAAAUAUUUUCUUUGUUAGGAAUUAAAAUAAAGAUUGUAGUUUUUGGGCUGAAAUACUUCAACUUUUUAAAAUUAUACAAAGAUUUUUUUACACUUUCUAAUGACAACAAUUAAUUAUAUUUAUUCAGUUUAUGUUUGCACAAUGCUCCUCUAACCCGGCUACUUAAAGUGUGGCUUCAAAAACAUCACUGCAUAGAAAUAUCACUGUAACACUGAGUUGGGUUGUCUGUACUUGUGCAAAGUUUUGAGCUUCGGUUGUAAAACGUUGUGACAGCUCCUUAACAAUGUGCUUUGUUGUGUUGUGCUGACUGUAAGCCGUGUAGUCAUAGCUCUUUCAGCAAGUGUCUGAACUUGUUUGUUUUUUAAAAUACUGACAAAUGUCAGCAGGUAGUCAAGGUGAGCCACAGAAGGUAAUAUGCUAAACAAAUCUAUGAACAUGUUUGCAUGCAUAACUUAAAAACCUUUCUCUAUUACAAGUGCAAAUGAAUUGCCAGAAUUCAUAAAAAGACAAAACAUGGAUUAUAAAUAAUAAAACAUAAUAUGAAACAAAAACAGACAGAUGAAGGCAUCGAAUGAGGCGAUAAUAAGGGCAUUAAAGACAUGUAAAGAAUCUUAAAGUUCACUUUCAUUUUUUCCAUUUCUUCUGGCUGGUGUAAGUGAGGUGCGGUAUGGUUCAAAAGGAAACUAAAAUUUGAACUUGUUGAUGCAUUUUUGCUGACUUUUAUUAUUCCAAACUUUUUUUCUUAAAACCUUUUUUUAGCUUCUACAGUAGGAAAGUUUGAGAAUGACUGGAUUAAAGUGAUUAAAGUACAUACAAGAACGCA